UGACUUUUAAAUUCCGACCAUGUUAUUCCUAUUCAAUUCCCAAUGGCACUAACAGUCAAAUCUAGAUUAACUAUAAUAAUAAUACUCAUAAAAAACUCUUCUCGUAACAAAUAAAAUCACAAUAUAAAAUUGGGGUUAUCACAUGUUUAUAAGUAAAGCUAAAGUGAGAGAGUAGCAGAGUGUGUGGACCUACCGACUCGCCGGAAAACUUUUUCCUCUCUUCUUCUUUCCCCUUUUUCACAGAGUCUCUCCUUUCUACUCUGUUUUCCUUUUUCUUCUUUCUUUUUUUUCUUAAUUAUCAUCAAAAAACUCUCCCUCUGAAUAUGGGGAAUUGUCAGGCGGUGAACGCGGCGGUGCUGGUUCUACAACACCCCGGCGGGAAAAUCGACCGGUACUAUGGCUCUGUCUCCGUCAGCGAGGUCAUGGCUAUGUAUCCUGGUCACUACGUCUCUCUCAUCAUUCCUUUAACAGAGGAGGAAGAGAGGAAUAUUCCGGCGACGGUGAAGGGAGAUGAUAAGAAACAGAGGAAGGCUGUGAGGUUUACACGUGUUCAGCUUCUCCGGCCAACGGAGAAUCUCGUGCUGGGUCACGCUUACCGGCUCAUUACUUCACAAGAAGUGAUGAAGGUUUUACGGGAAAAGAAGAGCGCCACGACGAAAAAGCAUCAGAUUGAGACGACGACCACGUUGAACAAGUUGUCGGAGAAGAAAGUCCCGGAGAAGAAACAAGGGAAGCAAUUUCGUGUGAUAACGAAUUCAACUUCCCUUUUAAAGUCUAAAACAUGGAGGCCAUCUCUUCAGAGCAUCUCCGAAGCUACGAGCUGAAUGUUGUUGGUUUUUGUUCGAGGGACGAGAAACAGUAUCUGGAUCUAGAGUUGAGAACCUGAUCUGAAACUGUACUGAAUAAACUUUGGUUCUGUUCCCUUUUUUUGUUUGCCUGGUUAUUACAGAGGAUGAAGUGUAGAUCAAGAUGUGAAGAGAUAAGUACAGAGAAAACUCAAGAGAGUCAUCAGAACAGAGCUUCUUCUUCCUUUUUUUUCUCUCUAUCGUCGAUGUAUAUAUUUUCGCAGAUGGAGAAAUCGAUGGAAGUUUGUAAGAAGUGUGGUUUUGUUGAUGUGAGAUUGAUUCAGAGGAAACAGAGCUUCUGAAUAUGAACAAGAAAGAGCUUUUAUUAUC